ACCCUUUUGUCCCGUCAGCCCUCCAACACUGCCAAAGUAACCCAUCCAAUGGCACCAAGAAGAGUCCAGAUGGUGCUAACAGUGUCCCUUGUGGUGGCUCUCUGGGGACUUACAGCGGCUCAGAAUGAUUCUAGCUGCAACAACGUGCUCAUAAGUCUGUCUCCUUGCCUAGACUACGUAACAGGAAACGCCCCUCUUCCUUCCUCUGCUUGUUGCUCCCAGCUUGGCUCUGUGGUGAGUUCACAGCCACAGUGCCUUUGCGAGGUCGUCAAUGGCGCCGCCUCAUCGGUGGGUAUCAACAUCAAUCAGACUCGGGCUUUGACACUCCCUACUGCCUGCGGAGUCCAGACACCUCCUCUUAGCAUUUGCGAAGCUUCUUCUCCUACAAGUGAUUCUCCUGCUGUAACGACAAGUUUCCCUUCAGGAAAUGGGUAUAGUACUUUCUCAUCAACCAGUGGGAAUGGCAGAAGCUCGUCUCUUGGGAAUUCCGUUAAACAGCCAUCUUCUCUGCUGGGCUUCUUCACCUUUGUGACAUGUCUGUGUUUUGCAUUAACUUGGAAGUGAGCGAUCUCGGCGGGCUUCUUUAGAUUGAUGUUGUCAUCUGGGGUUUACUUCUGUAUAAUCUAUAAAUAGUCAAGUAUAUGACGGGUUUCUCAGUUUACUUUUCUUGCUUCUUACAGCUGCUUAUUAUAUCGCUACAGUCUCAUUCCCUUUUGUGCUUGUAAAUUGUUAUUGGGUUUAUUUGAAAUUGCUUCUGUCAUUUUUUCUAACCUCUCAUAAGAAAUGUACGGAUGUACCCUCUCAAAAUUAACUGACAAUAUAUGAUGGGAAAGAAAGAGAAGGACACUGCAUCUCCAAUUUAAUGUAA